UUUGAACUCCACAAUUUCAUGCAAUAACAGAAGAAAAUGAACUCCUCUUUUCUUCCCAUUCUUUACCUUUCUCUCUUCCUUUUCCUUUCUUUUCCCUCCCCUUCUCACUCAUUGAAAUGCAAUCCAAACGAUAAAAAAGUCCUUCUAAAAAUCAAGAAUGACUUAGGUAAUCCCUACCAUUUAGCCUCAUGGGAUCCCAACACAGAUUGCUGUGAUUGGUACGUCGUAGAAUGUGACCGGAAAACAAACCGGAUUAAUGCUCUCACCGUCUUCCAAGCCAACAUCUCCGGUCAAAUUCCGGCCGCCGUCGGCGACCUCCCUUUUCUCGAAACCUUACAAUUCCAUCAUAUCACCAAUCUUACAGGAACCAUUCCCCACACUAUUACAAAGCUCAUAAAUCUGAAAGAGUUAAGACUCAGUUUCACUAAUCUCAGUGGCCCUAUUCCUGAAUUUCUUAGCCAACUCAAGAAUUUAACUUUGCUUGAAUUAAACUACAACCAAUUCACUGGAACAAUCCCACCAUCACUUUCUGAACUUCCUAAUUUAUCAGAAAUCUACUUAGACCGCAAUAAACUCACUGGACAAAUUCCAGAAUCAUUCGGAAAAUUCAGACAAAUCCAAAAUCUUUACCUUUCACAUAACAGCCUCACUGGCCCAGUACCAAAAUCUUUAGGCAAUUUGAAAUUUACAACACUUGAUUUUUCAAGGAACAAGUUAGAAGGUGAUGUUUCUUUCUUAUUUGGAAAGAACAAGAAAAUUCGACUAAUUGAUUUUUCAAGGAAUACGUUUGAGUUUGAUAUUUCGAAAGUGGAAUUCCCGGAGAGUUUAACGUGGUUGGAUUUGAACCAUAAUCGGAUUUUUGGUAGCUUACCAGAAGGAUUGAAAGAUUUACAGUUACAGAAUUUGAAUGUGAGUUAUAAUAGGCUCUGUGGACAGAUUCCACAAGGUGGGAAGUUGCAGAGCUUUGACGUUUACUCUUAUUUGCCUAAUAAAUGCCUUUGUGGCUCUCCGUUGCCGGCAUGUAAAUAAUUCCGGUGACCGGAAAGUGCUGCCUUGUCGGCUACUUGGCAAGUACUAUAUUAGGUUUAUAGGGGAAAUGUAAUGUUUUAGACUAGUAUUAGGCUAUUAGCUCAAUAACGUACGAGAGUGCAUGACAGCUUUUGGUAUGUACUUUCACGUCGUAAUAUCAAAAUAGAGAUUUCGUAUGGCCCUAGAAACAACGCUUAAA